GCCGCCCUCCUGAGAGAGACGGGGAAAGCCGCGGCUGGCGUUUGCAGCGAAGCCCGGGCGCUGGGAGUUAAACCUGCCCCAGCCCGGAUCCGGUGCCAGCACCCCGAGGCAGUCUGCCGGGGGUGCCCCGUGUCGGGCGGCUGCUCCUCUCGGGCUUCCAGGCUCGUUUUGAAGGUGGUGCAGGAGCAGGGGGGUUUGGUCGGCGGUCUCCUGUAGCUGUGUUCGCAGGCAUGUUUGGCCAUAUGGAAAUCAGCCUGGCAAAAUCGCCGUUAAAGAGUCUUCAGGGCACAGGACCUACUGUUAACCCCUUCUGUGGAGGGCUGUAAUUAUGUCCACACCUCAGAGAAGGAAUCUGGCAAAUUCAUGUUGAGGUAUACUCUCAAGACAAGAUACAGUGACUUGUAUGCUUUUCUGGAUAACGUAAUCCAUGGAUAAAGUGGGAAAGAUGUGGAACAACUUCAAAUACAGGUGCCAGAAUCUCUUCAGUCAUGAGGGCGGAAGCCAAAAUGAAAAUGUAGUUGUGACCUCCAGUAGUUGCUCAUCUGCUAAAGAGAAGGCUAUCCAGAUAACUGAUUUGGCUCAACAGCAACCUAACAGCCCUUUGAGAGAAAACAUUGCUUUGCAAUUAGGCUUAAGUCCUUCAAAGAAUCCGGCAAGGCGGAACCAAAACUGUGUCACAGAAAUUCCUCAGAUUGUUGAAAUAAGCAUUGAGAAAGAGAAUGACUCGUGUGUCACCACGGGAGCUAGACUUGCUCGAAGGGACUCUUAUUCUCGACAUGCUCCUUGGGGUGGGAAGAAGAAGCAUUCCUGCUCUACCAAAACCCAGAGCUCCUUGGAUACUGAAAAAAGAUUUGGUAGAACACGAAGUGGUUUGCAGAGGAGGGAGAGAAGGUACGGGGUGAGCUCUGUCCAUGAUAUGGAUGCAGUAUCAAACAGAACAGUAGGUAGCCGUUCUCUACGACAGCGUCUACAAGAUACUGUUGGGCUGUGUUUUCCCAUGAGAACUUACAGCAAACAGUCCAAACCUCUGUUUUCUAACAAGAGAAAGAUCCAUCUCUCUGAACUAAUGCUUGAGAAAUGUCCUUUUCCUGCAGGCUCGGAUCUGGCUCAGAAGUGGCAUCUAAUUAAACAACACACAGCGCCUGUGAGUCCUCAUUCAACUUUUUUUGACACAUUUGAUCCUUCCUUGGUUUCCACAGAGGAUGAAGAAGACAGGCUUAGAGAGAGACGUAGACUUAGUAUUGAAGAAGGGGUUGAUCCCCCUCCCAAUGCCCAAAUACAUACUUUUGAAGCAACAGCACAGGUAAAUCCAUUGUAUAAAUUGGGACCAAAGUUAGCCCCUGGUAUGACCGAGCUGACUGGGGACAAAAACAUAACACCUCCGGGGAACUGUGACUCUGAAGAGGACACAACAACACUUUGUCUGCAGUCACGCAGGCAGAAGCAGCGUCAGAUGUCUGGAGAGAGCCAUGGCCAUAUCAGCAGGCAGGGGGCUUGGAAAGUGCAUACUCAAAUUGAUUACAUCCAUUGCCUUGUGCCAGACUUACUUCAGAUCACAGGUAACCCGUGUUACUGGGGUGUGAUGGACCGCUAUGAAGCAGAAGCACUUCUGGAGGGUAAACCCGAAGGCACUUUUUUGCUCAGGGAUUCUGCGCAAGAGGACUACCUCUUCUCUGUGAGCUUCCGUCGUUACAACCGAUCGCUACAUGCACGCAUUGAGCAGUGGAAUCACAACUUUAGUUUCGAUGCCCAUGAUCCCUGUGUGUUUCACUCCUCCACUGUUACAGGGCUUCUGGAACACUACAAAGACCCUAGCUCUUGCAUGUUCUUUGAACCGUUACUUACUGUAUCUCUGAACAGGACUUUCCCCUUUAGUCUGCAGUAUAUCUGCCGGGCAGUAAUCUGCAGGUGCACUACAUAUGAUGGAAUUGAUGACCUUCCUCUGCCCUCAAUGUUGCAAGACUUUCUAAAGGAGUAUCACUAUAAACAAAAAGUCAGGGUGCGAUGGUUGGAGCGGGAACCUAUAAAAACAAAGUAAAUGGAAAUCAGAAUAAGCUUAUAGAAUAUGCUUUUUAUUUGUGUGUUACAGUUUAACUGCAGUGAGCGCACCAACAACGUCUAGCUUUCCUGCAAUAUCCUAUUUAAGCUGAGUGUUAGUAUCCUGUCAGAUGCUGCCUGCUGUUAAUCCAACUAAGUUGUGAUGCCUCUUGGAAACAAUAAGCAGACACAAUUCUGCACGUUUUUCAUUAAGGCCUAAUGAAAAUAUUUUUGCUAAUUUCUAAAUAUUUUGUUUCACUUUUAUAGCUGUAGUAAUUGGAUGAAGAAACUAUGAGGCAUUUUCCAUGGGGCAUUCAUGUAAUGCUGAUAAAGGCUUUAUUAGAGGAGCAUUUUUGCUAAUAUUUGAAGUAUUUUUUUAAAAUUAUCUCCUUGAAAACUUUCCACUACUCAAAGUACUAAUAUAGCUCACAGACAAGUUUCCAAAUACUAGUGAAUAGGAGUAUUUUCUUUUUAAUGAAGAGCAGUUCACUAGAAGCAGCCCAUUAGGAGUUAAUAGUGUCUUGAUGCUAACAGAUGAAUCAUGCUUUUCUCAGUGUAUAAGGUUUCCUAAUCAUUGAGACUUGAAUAUGCCUGCUCAGUACUGUAAUUCUAUUUUAAACACUUGGAGAUUUAAGUGGCAUUGUUAGCAAAAAGUAAUACUGUCUUGGACAGUUAAAUACCUUCCAGUGUGAAUUGCUGAUUCAGUGGCAGGACAUGGGAUUAGAUUAUUACCAUGAAACAAAAGGUUAUGGUUUGGUUUUUUUUUUUUUUUCUAAAACUGAAUUUGGUGGCCUGAGUGCUAGUAACUUACAAUGGAAGGUAAUAGGGAAGAGAAAAAAUGUUUAAUUAUUUAAAGUCGUCUGAUAUUUUUAUGGAGAAAAUUAAAGUGGGUGAAUUAUAAUCAGAAUACAAAAUCUGACAUAGCCAAAAUAAGCGUCAGGUUUCAAAGGUACUGUUACACUUUAUUUGUAAAUAUCUUUCCAUUUGCGCUUUUAAAAAUAUUUUAAGUAAUAUGCACUGAUUAUAGUUUCAACAGAUUACUUGGAGACAAGAUUCUAAGUUCUGUUUGCUUAUUUAAUCGGAGAUGGGACUUAGAAUAGUUCUGUCUUAGACAUUUUUGCACUAAAAUUUUGUUGGAAUGCCCUGACCCCUGUUUAAUGUUUUGUACCAAUUAUGAGUGCUCCCUAGUUUCUUUACCAGCUGCUACAGUAUGUCAUUACUUACUUCUCUAUGGCAGUGACCUGUGCGAGGUAGGGAACAUUUUGGCUGCAAGUACAAUAAACGUUAUUCUUGUAUGCUACACUAACCCUUCUAUCGAUGUAUUUUUCUGCUUGCUGUGCCUUGUUCUGGCUUUUUGUGCUAAUAAAGUACAGUAUGUUCAGUGUUAUACUUGUAUAUCUGCUCUGUUUUUAUAUAUUCACGUAACUUGUAGCAGUUAACUGAAUUUUUAAUAGGCUUUUCUUAGUACUUAGUAUAGGUAAUGCACAAAUAGUGUGCAGUUGAAUAUUGGUUGGUCAGCACACCAUAUUCCUGCUUUUUGUUACAUGCUUAUCAGAAACCUAACAGUGUACACCAUUGAAUAAUGUUUCUGUAGUCACUGCAAAUGAAUGGACUUGUCUGCAGGCAUAGAGCGUUUUACAGUUUUUGUAACGUAAAGGGUAAAUGUUAAGCAAAAAGUAUUCUAAAACAUUAUUGAUCCCCUGCAAUGGUUGCUGAAGGUGUUUGAGCUUGUUAUACGGCUAACUGCUAGGCUUAAUGUUUUGAUACUCCUCACUGAGUAAGGAAUGGUUAUUCCUCUAAAUUGACAGUACAGCAGUGGCAUUUGUUCACUUUUAGACUAUUUUAAUAAAUAGAUGCACACGCAAACUGGCCAAAUGUCCUGUUUUUACCAAAGAAUACUGUCAAUUUAUUUUGGGGUAUUUUUUUAGUGAAAAACUUAAGAAUGGAGAGGUGCAAUUUCUGUUCUAUCAAAUAUUUAUCCCAAGCUAUGAUAAACCAAAGUAUUUGACAACUUCACCUGAACUUAAGUAAUGUAUACAUUUAUGUUGGUAGAGCUUAAAACUUUUA